AGCGGGGGGAAUGCUGGCACUGAAAAGGAAAAAAAAAAAAAGAGGAACUUCCUGAUCUCGCGGGAGCUCGAGGCGUGUGAGUGCCACGUCCCAGCAGCGCGCCGAGGACCGAGAGAGAGGGGGGUGGGGUGGUGAUACAUCCCGGAGCCGGUGAGCCGCCCCCCUGCUGCUCCCCGACGGUGCUCGGCGGGCUUUCUCCCCUCCGCCAGCGAGCGGGUCAUAGAGACGAGGGCCCAGAGAGGCCGUGACGUUGCGGAUCGCAGGCUAGAGCGGUGUCGGUCCGGGGGAAGGGAGGGGGAUCGGGUCCGGGGAGCGAGAAGAGAUUCCCGCCAGGGGGGGACACAUGUAAGGGGGGCCAGCCAGCCAGCCGCCGAGGUGGUCGAAGGGCGCAGGUGGAGCUGGGAGCCAAGCAGGGCUGUCGUCUCUGUCCCCCUUGGGUCAUCGCGAUGGCCGGGGGCCUCCUCCGGGCCCCGCACUGGGUAGCCGUGGGGCUGCUGGCCGGGGCGGCUUUGGGGCUGCUGGUGUCCGGGCACGGGGGUCACGGUGACCCGCACCAAGACGCGGGAGUGGAGGAGGAGGAGGACUUCCCUGGCCACGGGCACGGGCACUCACACGAGGAUUUCCACCGCGGACACAGCCAUGCCCACGGCCACGGGCACUCACACGAGGAUUUCCACCGCGGACACAGCCAUGCCCACGGCCACGGGCACACUCACGAGAGCAUCUGGCACGGGCCCGCCCACAGCCACGACGGCGGGCAUCCGCACGAGGGUUUGCACCACGGCCACUCCCACGACGGCCUCCACGGCAGUGGGCACGGGCACGGAGCCCCUAGGGAGACUGGGGCUCCAGGCGCCAAGCACCAUCUGGACACCGUCACCCUCUGGGCCUAUGCGCUGGGGGCCACGGUGCUCAUCUCCGCGGCUCCGUUCUUGGUGCUCUUCCUCAUCCCAGUGGAGUCCAACUCGCCCAGGCAUCGCUCCCUGCUCCAGAUCUUGCUCAGUUUUGCCUCCGGGGGGCUCCUGGGGGACGCCUUCCUGCACCUCAUCCCGCACGCUCUCGAGCCGCAUUCCCACCACACACAGCAGCAGCAGCAGCAGCAUGGACACGGACACUCGCACAGCGGCCAGGGCCCCAUCCUCUCUGUGGGGCUCUGGGUCCUCAGUGGGAUCGUCGCCUUCCUCGUGGUGGAGAAGUUUGUUAGACACGUGAAAGGGGGACACGGCCACGCGCACGGCCACACGCACGGAAGCCAUGCCCACGGGAGACAGGAGUGCGCCCCAAAGGAAAAGCCCAGCUCGGAGGAAGAAAAGGAGCCGGGGGUUUUGAGGAAAAGGAGAGGGGGAAGCGCGGGGUCCAGGGAUGGGCCAGCGAAACCUCAGGACCCUGAAGAAGAGGAGGAAAAGCCCGGUUCAGACCUGCGGGUGUCUGGGUACCUGAACCUGGCUGCUGACCUGGCGCACAACUUCACAGACGGCUUGGCCAUCGGCGCUUCCUUUCGUGGGGGCCGAGGCCUGGGGAUCCUGACCACAAUGACAGUCCUGCUGCAUGAAGUGCCUCACGAGGUCGGGGACUUCGCCAUCUUGGUCCAGUCUGGCUGCAGCAAAAAGCAGGCGAUGCGUCUCCAGCUCCUGACGGCCGUGGGGGCACUGGCAGGCACGGCGUGUGCCCUUGUCACCGAAGGAGGGGCAGUGGGCAGUGAGGUGGCAGGUGGGGCAGGUCCUGGCUGGGUGCUGCCCUUCACUGCAGGUGGCUUUAUCUACGUGGCAACGGUGUCCGUGCUGCCCGAGCUGUUGAGAGAGGCGUCCCCAUUGCAGUCACUUUUGGAGGUGCUGGGGCUGCUGGGGGGGGUCGUCAUGAUGGUGCUGAUUGCCCACCUCGAGUGAGGGUGGGGUAGUCUGUCCUUCUCCACCCCUGCCUAACUCCCAGAUAGACGGUGGGGAGGCGUGGCCGGUGUUGCUCCCCAGAGGAAGGAGGGAGUUUUAGCCUUGGAGAAUGAUGUCUUUGGUAAUGGGGGCCUUUGAGGUAUGACAGUCACACAGAGCGUGAGAGGUCAGAGGGGCCAAAGUGUGGGGCGCUGCCCAACAGUAUUGUUGGUUUCGGGGAGAUAAAUGGGACCACGAGGAAGACUGGGGUGGCCGUAGCCCCUCCGAGGUCCCUCUCCCUCUGAACUGGUUAGUGGUGACUUCAGGGAAGACCCUGCAGAAGGAGUGGGGUCGACAUCAAUCGUGUGUCCUGAUUUGGAAGAAGCGGGGUGGGAGAGUGCUCCUUGGAAAGUCUCACGACCUGAUUUAUCUUUGUUCUAUCCCUUUUAUAUCACUGUUUGAAUGGGCGGGAGGAACGGUGACCAGAAAUAAAGUACUUGGAUCUUC